AUCUCUCCCCAUACGUUUGGCGCUUCAAUACGCUGAUACACAUACGCUCUUUAACUAAGUCCCAUCAAUUCACCGAAAAAAGAUAAAGUUUUACUUUCUCUUCUGCGUUCUGCUUUCUGCUUUCUGCUUUCUAGUCAAGUAGCACGGAGUGACGAUCAUGGAAAACGCCGACGGUACGACGACGAAAUUGGUUACCGGCGACGCUGGUUACGUGCUCGAGGACGUUCCUCAUUUGACUGAUUACCUUCCUGAUGUUCCGAGUUAUCCCAAUCCAUUACAAGAUAAUCCAGCUUAUUCAGUAGUCAAGCAGUAUUUUGUUGACCAGGAUGAUACUGUCACACAUAAGAUUGUUGUUCACAAGGACAGUCCAAGAGGGACACAUUUUCGACGUGCAGGACCUCGCCAGAAGGUGUAUUUUCAGUCAGAUGAAGUGCAUGCAUGUAUUGUAACAUGUGGAGGUCUAUGUCCUGGACUCAACACGGUGAUCAGGGAAAUUGUGUGCGGCCUUUAUCACAUGUAUGGUGUUACCAGAGUCCUCGGAAUAGAUGGAGGAUACAAGGGUUUUUAUUCCAAAAAUACCAUUACUUUAACUCCUAAGGUGGUUAAUGACAUCCAUAAACGUGGUGGGACAAUCCUUGGGACGUCAAGAGGAGGUCAUAGCAAGUCAAAGAUUGUUGACAGCAUUCAGGAUCGUGGGAUCAAUCAGGUUUAUAUAAUUGGGGGUGAUGGAACUCAAAAAGGAGCAGCAGUUAUUUAUGAGGAAAUUAGAAGGCGUGGGCUCAAGGUUUCAGUUGCUGGGAUUCCCAAAACCAUUGAUAAUGACAUUCCGGUUAUUGACAAGUCAUUUGGUUUUGACACUGCGGUUGAGGAGGCUCAACGUGCCAUCAAUGCAGCUCAUGUUGAAGCUGGAAGUAUUGAGAAUGGUAUUGGACUUGUAAAGCUAAUGGGGCGAUUUAGUGGAUUCAUUGCAAUGUAUGCUACUCUUGCCAGUCGAGAUGUUGAUUGUUGUUUGAUUCCAGAGUCACCAUUCUAUCUUGAAGGAAAAGGCGGACUUUUUGAAUUUAUUGAAAAACGACUCAAAGAAAAUGGGCAUAUGGUUAUUGUUAUAGCCGAAGGAGCUGGACAGGAGCUCCUCGCAGAGAGUUUGCAGUCCAUGGAUGCAAAAGAUGCUUCAGGAAACAAACUUCUUCAAGAUGUUGGGUUGUGGAUUUCUCACAAAAUCAAGAAUCAUUUCGCAAUGCAGAAAAAGAUGACCAUUAAUCUUAAAUAUAUAGAUCCUACAUAUAUGAUUCGGGCUAUUCCUAGUAACGCAUCAGAUAAUGUCUACUGCACUCUCCUUGCUCAAAGUGCAGUUCAUGGAGCAAUGGCUGGCUAUACAGGCUUCACUGUUGGUCUUGUCAACGGCCGACAUGCUUACAUUCCCUUUAAUCGGAUCAAUGAGAACCGGAACAAAGUUGUCAUUACUGACAGGAUGUGGGCAAGGCUGCUAUCUUCCACCAACCAGCCAAGCUUCUUGGAUCCAAAGGAUAUUGCCAAAGCCAAAAGAGAGAAAGAACCCGCAAAUGGAUUGUUGGAGAACGGAUACAGUGAAAAUAAAAAUUGACUAGAAUAAUCAUCCUAUUUAAGCUAUCUUAUGUUUUGUUUGAGGCUCGUAAAGGUACAAUCUUAGCUAUUGUUAGUACUCAAAUUUCAAAGGUUAUCAGUGAUUUUGUAUCAUUAACUUUGGCCACUGUUUAAUGGCCCUUUCUUCGAGAAAUAGAAAGAUCCUUCGCAA